UCCAUAUUUACUUUUUUUUCGUCCAGUUGCUCUACUAAUUUCAAGUGGAAUCCAGUAGUUUCUUGCCAUACUUAACUGAUGAUUGUUCAUGCAUCGUGAGUAAUAGAUAUGUACCAUAGGGCCAGCGGGGAAAACAAGUAUCUUGUCCACUUGUAAUGCUUGGAAAGCUGUAGUUCUACUGAAAGGGACCCUGAAAAAUAUCAUUAAUCAUUCACUUUAUAGUUUGCUACUAAAUAUGAGCACAGAUGAUGGCCUGUCUACCAAGUUGAAGCCCUGACAAUAUUAGUUCACUGCUCAUAACCUGUACUUUAUGAUUAUAUAAUUUAACAAUUAUUUUAUCUAGUACGUCAUGCCAAAAAUGAAGAGGCUGGCUUGUUUAUCGACAGUACUUCAUUAAAUUAUCUGAAUAGCUGUUUCCUGGUUUGAGUAGAGUGAAAAUGCCAAGUAUUUCAAAUCAUUAUUGCAUUGUUAUCUUAUCAGAUAAUAUCACAUGUUGUGGUGAUAUCACCCUGGAAAAGCGUAGCAGACAUGAUUGAAUACUAGCUAGUACUAAAAUUAAUGGAGUUCAUCUAUACAAGAUCUUUUUAUAUCUCCAAUUGGUCCUGCAUGUUUCUUGAAGUAGUGGAACAUGGGUUGUUACAAGAAUGCAAUUGCUCAAUAACUGCUAUAUUUCUGAUGGUUAGUUGGAUAACAAAGCAUGUGAUUGCCUUGUGACCUUGUCCCUCACAGAGCCCUAUCUAGUUUCCUCUUGGUCAUUACUCAAAGAUCACGUGUUCUUGUAUAAGCUCUUUCAUCUAUAUAUACUUGUCUGUGUGUGGAUUGGGCAAGCAAAUCAAGUUCUAGUAUUCUCAAAACACCAAAAGUUACCUUUUUCCUUCGACUUCAAGUAUUCGGAGAUUUUCUUUCUCUUGUUAAGCAUGGGUUUUCGUUUGCCUGGUAUUGUUCAAGCUAAGAAAGCUCUUCGACAUCUUCCUAGUACUGCUAACCAAGCAGCUACAGACACCAUAGAUGCUCCGAAGGGCUACUUUGCAGUGUAUGUUGGAGAAAACCAGAAGAAGCGUUUUGUGAUCCCAGUAUCAUACUUGAACCAGCCUUCGUUCUUGGAUUUGCUCAGUCAUGCCGAAGAAGAAUUCGGUUUUGAUCAUCCGAUGGGUGGUCUAACGAUUCCCUGCAAUGAACGGAUCUUCAUUGAUAUCACUUGUCGCUUGAAUAGGUUGUAAAAACAUUACAUAGAGUCUUAGACAGAAUAGGAUAAAACAGUUUGUACAAGUUGUUUUCCUUCUCUUUCAUAGAGCUACUAAUAGUAUCAGUCUUCACUUGAUCUGAAUCAGGUGUUGGUGGACUUUGUUUGGCAAGCAGAUGGUCUAAAGCAAGAAAUGCUGGAGAGGGUGAUUCUGGACGGGGAAGUUAUUGCAGUUCAUUUCCAGCCUCAUUCAUAAGGUGUGAUGCCAGUUGCAUUUCA